AUGUCAAGUGACAUAAGCGCACAGGUAGAUAUCGGUAGUCUUUCCCUCUCAGGCCUCAAGCAAGUUACGGGGAUACUUAGCGUUCUCUCGGCCGACGAUGUUCAACCCAUGGCAAUGCUCCAACUACAGGAUCUGGGUACACUAUUUCCAACAAGCGGACCGGUUGCAUCUAAAGUCCCAGACCAUCUUUUGAGGUGCAAGAGCGUACGUAUUGAGCGACUUGGGCUCAUGGUUGGCUGGCGCAAGGGCGACUCAGCCUCACUCAUGGCACAAUCAACCGGUGGCCAGGCUGUGGCACUGCUCUCGGUUUGCCUCUGGAGUAUUUACCAUGAAACCACCGGAGAAAUCCUCCACGCUAUUUCAAGUGAGAUUUUGCCUCAGUCCGCUUCCUUAAGUAGCCCUGGACUUCUGGAAAAAGCCGCAAAGAUACUUGCCGAUAAGCUUGCUGUGAUUGGUUUUGGAACCAUCCUUGCAAAACAGGUGUCUCGUAUCCAUGAUGCAUACGAGCACUUGAACGUGAAAGUACCCUUUGAUAUCUUGAAGCUUUUCAGUCAAGAUUGGAUGGCGGAAUUUCUCAUAGGUGUUUCUCGCGCUUUACGAGAAGAAAAGGCGACCAUUCGGGUGCGCGGAUCCUACGGUCUGGGAUACAUAUCGGCUCUUAUGAUCGCCUUGUUUCCCGAUGACUGCACCAUUACAAUUGAGCAGCUUGUUAUUCACGUGGGAAAAAACACCUCGUCCAUCAAUAUUGAUAUUUCAGCAUCUCCUGUCGAAACACUCCCUGAGGUCCACUUCAUGGAGACGGUUGAAAGCAUUGCCGAUGUCUUUCUCAAUCCAGCGAAUGCAAAAUACAAAUCAGAAUCCGAAUUGCUCCCUAGCGGCGAGCUUUCCUGGGAAGGUCACGUUGCCGCAUUUUUGCGCCUGCAACUUCACAAUCUGGGCUUCAUUUGCUCCCCUGAGGUCGUCAAAGCCGUGGGGAUAUGUGCCUUGGCAAUGUCAGACAAAAUAUGUAUAAGAUUCAAAGACCAAACUCCGCGAAUUCCUGCCAUCAGCAUCCUGGGCGAGAACUACCGGGUAAUGAGACACGAACGCUGUGAGAUUGCUAUGGGCGUUUCCUUACCACUGAGUUGGCCGCCAUUUGAUGAAGCCAUGAGGCUGCUAGAUGAAGCGAAGAAGGCUAUGAAAAGAGUUGGUCCAGAUCUGGGAUUCCACGAACCGACUCUAGUCCCCGGCCGCCCGGGACCUGGCCUAAUCAAUUGUACUGUUCUGGCUACAUUGAAGGACCUUUACUUGAAUCCCCACGACAAAGCCACCUCUGCAGGGGCCUUUUCAUUUGCACGAACAUCGAAUAUUUUUGGGCUGGGUAAUGAGUUUGAAAGCAUAAUUCCCUGGGUAUCUGAUGUCAUUCUGGACAGAAUAUUUCAUUCUAUUAAUCAAACCAACCCGAAUACGACGAUUGCAACGUCACGUGGGGCCAUUACAUGCGUGCCAUCUCCGUACCUCGCUUUGAAGGACGAUGAUAUCUGUCGUUACCGCAGCAUCGAGGUUUUGGAUGGCCCGAUCAUUUACAACGGCCGAUACUACAGUGAAGUUACUAAUCCCGAGGCCAUCCGGAAAACUUAUACUAGCAAUCUGUCUGAAUUGGGCGAGAAACCCAGAAUUGUGCCAAGCUCAGAAGGGUGCUUGUCCCAAUUAUCACUGGCGACUAGGGAGAGCCUGAAAGGAAUGGUACUGGAAACCACAUUGAUAGAAUCUGGACAAAAGAUUAGCGUGUCUCUGGCAAAGAAAAUGCGCUUUUUAUUCGGUCUUAUCAAGGUCACACCGUGUGAGCACCCACGAAUGACGCCAUUGAAAGAGGAGUAUUGCAAGAAGGCCUUGACGGCCUCUGUUUUAUCUCCUGAUCCUAAGGAAGGGUCUAUUGCUGUUGUACAGACCGCCGGAAAUCCAGUCGCCCAGAUUCUUGCACUGUCGGAUAGUUGGACUCCAGCAGUUCUCUGUUACAGAUGCUGUCUUAAUUGUGCAUUUGAGCAAGCAAAGGAGUGGAAAGCCUCUAAGAUAAUUGUUACAUGA